UACAGACAGGCAUUUUAUAUGGAGUCAAAGCUCUAAAUUCAUAUAACAAGUAAUUAAUUAGAUGAUGUUUAAAUGCUUUGACACAUUCUUUUGAACGGUAGGAGAAGUGUGUGUUAAUUUAGUAAAAAUCUCUAAAUCAGAGCCUAUUCAUUUGACAUUUAUGUUUAUCAUUGCGUUGAAAUGAAGUUUACUUAUGAAAAAGAGAUUUGCUAAGUCAACAAACACUGUUGACAAUUUACCUAAUUAAAAGAAGUAGGGACUUCCCUGGUGGUCCAGUUGGUAAGACUCCAUGCUCCCAAUGCAGGGGGCCCUGCAUUGGAUCCCUGGUCGGGAACUAGAUCCUGCACGCAUGCCGCAACUAAAGAUCCCACAUGCUGCAAGGAGGAUCCUGCGUGCUGCAACUAAGAGCCGGCACAGCCAAAAUAAUAAAUAAAUACAUAAAUAAAUAAAUAAGAAGUAGCCAUUUUCAAGCUUCUUGUGUAUUUAGUCAUAACACAAAAUGUGGGAGGAAAUUCUAAACAGUAAGGUUUUUCAUUCUUCAUGUAGCUUAAAUUCAUAUAUUAAAACUUGCACAAGAACUCUCAAAAAGAUACCUAAGAAAGUAAAGCUAAUCUGUCUGAUUUCUAAGUCAAAUUUUGUGUAUACAUAAUAUAUACUAAUUAUCUGUAUAUAUAAUAUAUACUUAUAUAUACUGUAAAAUAAAGAGGCUGAUUCCAAAAGUCUCUCAUGAAAAACAAUCCAAUUAGUUACUGUCACACUCUGUACAAAGUUGUAUGAUUAUAAAUAUAAACUACUAUAAAUUUAAUUGUAUUGUUUGGAAUAUUAAAAAUAUUUUAAAUGCCUCCAUUUCGCUUUUUCUUUUAGUGAAGAUGAUGUCUGCAAAAGACAUGGUUAAAGUAAUGGUUGUCAUGUUCGCGGUUUGUUUUCUUGCAAGAUCAGAAGGGAAGUCUGUUAAGAAGAGAUCUGUGAGUGAAAUACAGCUUAUGCAUAACCUGGGCAAGCAUCUGAGCUCCAUGGAAAGAGUGGAAUGGCUGCUGCAUUCUCGGGAGAGGAAGACCUUAAGCAUUCUACCCUGCAAGCUGGAAAAUGCACCUCCAGAAAGACUCUCUUCAACCUUGCUGGAAAGGCCCCUAUCAGGACUUCCCAGGUGGUGCAGUGGUUGGGAAUCUGCCUGCCAAUGCAGGAGACAUGGGUUUGAGCCCUGGUCCGGGAGGAUCCCACAUGCCGCGGAGCAACUAAGCCUGUGUGCCACAGCUACUGACCUGCACGCCACAACUACUGAAGCCUGAGCUGUGCCUAGAGCCCGUGCUCCACAACAAGAGAAGCCACCACAAUGAGAAGCCCAUGCACCACAACGAAGAGUAGCCCCUGCUUGCCACAACUAGAGAAAGCCCACACACAGCAACG